UAAAGCCCAAAACUCACAGUUAUGCCAGAAGCUCAUAUCAAUUUAUCUAAAGAGGGAGAGUAUUGUGUUACUGGCUAUAUCAUGGAUGAUAAAGCUAAGAAGUCAUUGCAAUAUAUAGAAGACGUUACCACUAACGCCGAUGAAGUUCAAGGACGAGUUGUCUCUGAAAUCCUUUCCCGUAGUGCCAACGUUGAGUACUUGCAAAGACAUGGCCUUAAGGGCCAUACUGAUAGAGAAACUUUCAGGAAGGUGAUGCCUAUAGUUACUUAUGAGGAUCUGAAGCCUUAUAUUGAUCGCAUCGCUAAUGGAGACACCUCUCCUAUUCUUUGCUCCGAACCCAUUUCCGAGUUCUUGACUAGUUCUGGGACAUCGGAGGGAGAGAGGAAACUAAUGCCAACUAUACAAGAAGAGCUCGAAAGGCGGUCCCUCCUAUACAGCCUCUUGAUGCCAGUGAUGAGCCAAUUUGUUCCAGGUUUGGAUAAAGGCAAAGGAAUGUAUUUCUUGUUUGUGAAAUCAGAGGCUAAGACCCCAGGUGGACUAGUAGCUCGCCCAGUUCUAACUAGCUAUUACAAGAGCUCUCAUUUCAUGAACCGUGGCCACGAUGACCCUUACACCAACUACACCAGUCCAAACGAAACAAUCUUUUGCCAAGACUCGUACCAAAGCAUGUACUCUCAACUGCUUUGUGGGCUGUGUCAAAACAUGGAGGUCGUUCGGGUUGGGGCGGUUUUCGCUUCUGGAUUCAUUCGUGCCAUUAAAUUCCUAGAAAAGAACUGGGUUUCUUUGGUUAAUGAUAUCCGGACUGGAACCUUAAGCUCAGAGAUUGAGGACAUACCCGUGAGAGAAUCUGUCAUGAAAAUUCUCAAACCGGAUUCUGAGCUUGCCAAUUUCGUUGAAGCUGAAUGUGGGAAAGAGUCAUGGGAAGGGAUUAUAACAAGGUUGUGGCCAAACACCAAGUAUAUCGAUGUUAUUGUGACUGGAACCAUGUCACAGUAUAUUCCUAUGCUUGACUGUUACAGCAAUGGCCUCCCCCUUGUUUGUACCAUGUAUGCUUCUUCUGAGUGUUACUUUGGCCUGAAUCUGAACCCUCUUUGUAAGCCAACUCAAGUCUCCUAUACAAUUAUUCCUUCUAUGGCUUAUUUUGAGUUCCUACCUGUGAAUAGAAAAAAUGGCAAUAUUGGUAAUUCCAUCUCUGACUCGGCUAUAUCCCUCCACCAAGAGUUGGUUGACCUUGUUGACGUUAAAGUUGGAGAAGAAUAUGAGCUUGUUGUCACCACUUAUUCAGGACUUUACCGCUAUCGUGUUGGAGAUAUACUAAGAGUGUCAGGCUUCAAAAACAAGGCACCACAAUUCAACUUCGUACGAAGAAAGAAUGUCGUUUUGAGCAUUGAUUCUGAUAAAACCGACGAAGUAGAGCUUCAAAACGCGGUGAAGAACGCGACCACCAAGCAUCUAUACUCGUAUGGUGGUGCCUCCCUUAUUGAAUACACAAGUUUUGCGGACACGUCAGCCAUUCCAGGGCACUAUGUCCUAUACUGGGAGAUUAACCAAAAUGAGAAGACUCCAAUUCCUAAGUCGGUCUUUGAAGACUGUUGCCUUACAGUUGAAGAGUCCCUUAACAGUGUGUACCGCCAAGGCCGAGUCUCGGACAAGUCCAUUGGACCGCUUGAGAUUAAGAUAGUGGAAAAUGGAACGUUUGACAAGCUCAUGGACUAUGCACUUAGCCAGGGCGCCUCUAUAAACCAGUACAAGGCGCCACGGUGCGUGAAAAACGCCUCCAUUGUGGAGCUUCUGGAUUCGAGGGUCGUUUCCAAUUACUUCAGUCCAAAAUGCCCCAAUUGGGUUCCUGGUCAUAAGCUAUGGUGCACUAGCAGUUCUACUGACUGAUCAGGCUUGAAAGAUUCUAAGUCUUUCUCUAUAAAUGAUCUGAUGAUCUCUCGCUCUAGAUCUAUUUAUACAUAUUUAUAUUUCAUUAUGCAGGACUAUGUACCUGUGAAGUUCUAUGGAAGUGUGGACGAGAAAUCUAUUUAAUGUGUACUAGCUUGUUUAGUGUU